GCUGUCGCGCGGUCGACUGGAUUACUGCACUUAACAGAACAUUUCCUUUUUGAAGACGUAUUUUAACUAUACGAGAUUUACUCGUUGGUUGAGUGGUGCAAUAACAUCGCAUUUUAUUAACAUGUAUCAUGUUAAAACGACUUUUUAAGCUGUUUUAGUUUAUGCAACUUCAGCCUGACUGUAUAACGGACAACCAAACGAACAGACCUACAGUAGCUGGCCAGCUAGAAGUCUACACAGACUAGUGACGGUCAAGUCACUGAGACAGAGACUGGUUUAGGGUUAGCUAGCUAGCUCUCCUAUUUAGCUAAUUACUUAUCAAGCUAGCCAGCGUUUAGCAAAUCUAUUAAGCUAGCUUCUACUGAACAAGCUUACAACAUAUCAGGUUCAACAAGAUAACCAAAUGGACACACCUCGUCAAACCAAAGGACCCAACCGGGCUCGGGAUACCAAACGUGGCCAGACCCAAAACACCACGCCUCGUCAGAAAGAUGGCUAUGCCCGCCUUCUCAGCCAGCACCGCAGCAGCAAAUUUAGAUCUUACCUGGAACAGUAUGCACAGCAGUCACAGUUUCAAGGGGAAGAGAAUGUGCCAACCACCCCAAUCAAGACCCACAGUGACAGACAAGACAUACCACAGCGAAAAAGCGACCAGGCUCAAAUAGAAUAUUCAGACUCCUCUGACUUUUCCCCUUCUUCCUGGAAAGGUAAGGGGGAAGAGAGCUCCCUGUCUCUGUACAUGGACAAGGUUAACAGCCGGGGUGCCAGGCAGGACUCUGAGAGAAAGGAAGGGGUCUCUGAUGGGUUUUGGCGUGGGGAGAGGAGGGACACCGCCACCAGUCAAGAUGGAGACGUAGAGUCUGGCGAGGAGAUUGGUUCCGUCAAACACAGAAACUCCCAGCAUCAGCAGAGGAGGAACAAAGACCAACCAUUUAAAGAGCCCACUAGUAACCAGGGUAGCAAUGAUGCAAGAGACAGGGUUGGCCGCCAAGCCGGCUCAAGUGGGAAAGAGCAUGAGAAGAAGAAAUCUAAGAAGAAGAAUGUGCCAAAGAACAAUAUGGACGAGGAAAGAGAUGGGCUCUUCCAUUCAGAUAUGAAUCCAGAAAUGACAAAGUCCCCACAUAAACCAAAUAACAUGCAACCACAAGCCCCAAAUUCCAAUUCCCUGGCUGAUAAGGGUAAGAAGAACAGGGGAGGAAGAGGUGGUAAGAAGCAGGUGUUUGAACCCUACAUGUCUGCUGAGGAUGUCUCCCAUGCUCUGAAGAGGGGAGAGCUCAUCCAGGGACCAAUAAGAAUCAACCCUAAGAAGUACCACGAAGCUUUCAUCCCAUCACCAGACAGCCCGCGAGACAUCUUCCUGGAUGGAAUCGUGGCCAGGAACAGGUGCUUGAACGGGGAUGUGGUGGUGGUGCAGCUGCUCCCCCGAGAGCAAUGGAAGGUGGUGAGGUCGGACACUGACUGUGAGGGCGCCAGCGAGCCAGAGGCCUCAGCUGGGAAGACCCAAAGACCAGGGAAGAAAACCCCUCCCAGCCCCGAUGUCAUCAUAGAGGACCAGUACAGUGACCAAGAGGAGAUGGUUAAAAGGGUUGAGAACGUCAGCCUCAAUGCUAAAGGGGGAGAAGGUGUGAACCAAGAUGUGCCCUCCAAGCCUAAUUCCACUGGAGAGAUACUUCAAAGGACUGCCAAGGUGGUGUACAUAGUUGAACAAAAGCACUCGAGGGCAGCGACAGGCUUCCUCAAGUUCCUCCCAGACAAACCCUUCGCCAUGUUCGCCCCUGUGGACCACCGCGUACCUCGUAUAAAUGUCCCCCUGGCAGACUGUCCCCAUGACUUUGGUUCCCGCCCUGGGGACUACGCCAACAUCCUGUUCAUCUGCCGCAUCACCCACUGGCCAGAUGACAGCAACUUUGCCGAAGGCCGCCUGGCUAAGACGUUGGGCCAGGCGGGGGAGAUCGAGCCAGAGACCGAGGGCAUCCUGACAGAGUACGACGUGGACUUCUCAGAGUUCUCCCACGAGGUCCUGGGCUGCCUGCCUCAGACCCUGCCGUGGGCCAUCCCCCCUGAGGAGCUGCGCAGGAGGAAAGACCUGCGGAAGGAGUGCAUUUUCACCAUCGACCCUGCGACCGCCAGGGACCUGGAUGACGCCCUGUCCUGCAGACCUCUCCCAGAUGGUAAUUUCGAGCUGGGUGUUCACAUCGCAGAUGUGAGUUAUUUUGUAGAAGAGGGCAACGCUCUGGAUUUCAUCGCCGGCCGAAGAGCCACCAGUGUUUACCUGGUCCAGAAGGUCAUCCCCAUGCUGCCCAGGCUGCUGUGUGAGGAGCUGUGCAGCUUGAACCCUCUAACUGACCGGCUCACCUUCUCUGUCAUCUGGAAGAUCACCCCUGAGGGGAAGAUCCUGAGCGAGUGGUUCGGCCGCACGGUGAUCCGCUCCUGCGUCAAGCUAAGCUACGACCACGCCCAGAGCAUGAUCGAGGCGCCGGACAAGCUGUUCUCUCCCGACGAGCUUCCACCCGUCGCUCCCGACCACCCCGUGGACGAGAUCCACCAGGCCGUGCUCAACCUGCACGCCAUCGCCAAGCGGCUCCGCGCCCAGCGCUUCGAGGGGGGCGCCCUGCGGCUGGACCAGCUGAAGCUGUCUUUCACUCUAGACAGAGAGACGGGCAUGCCUCAGGGAUGUUACGUCUACCAGUACAGAGACAGCAACAAGUUGGUGGAGGAGUUCAUGCUGCUGGCCAACAUGGCCACCGCCCACCACAUCUACCGCUCCUUCCCCCAGAAGGCCUUGCUGCGACGCCACCCUCCACCACAGAGCAAGAUGGUGGACGACCUGCAGGAGUUCUGCGACCAGAUAGGCCUCAGUAUCGACUUCUCCUCGGCCGGAGCUCUCCACAAAAGUCUGCAUUCCACCCUGGGAGAUGAUGAGUACACGGUGGCCAGGAAGGAGGUCAUCACCCACAUGUGCUCCAGACCCAUGCAGAUGGCUGUGUACUUCUGUACAGGCGUUCUGAAGGAGGAGCCCCUGUUCAAGCACUACGCCCUCAACGUGCCCUUCUACACGCACUUCACCUCCCCCAUCAGACGCUACGCUGACGUCGUGGUCCACCGCCUGCUGGCCGCGUCGCUUGGUUGCGGGCCCCAGUUGGAGCUGACAGGGGAGGAGGUGAACAAGCAGGCAUCCCACUGUAACGACAGGAAGACAGCCUCCAAGAGAAUACAGGAGCUCAGCUCUGAGCUCUUCUUCGGGGUCUUCGUCAAGGAGAGCGGCCCUCUUGACUCUGAGGCCAUGGUGAUGGGUGUACUGGACCAGGCCUUCGACGUGCUGGUGCUGCGCUACGGGGUGCAGAAACGCAUCUACUGCAAGGCUAUGGAGGGCCUGGAGAAGUUCCACUUCAACAAGGUGGGCAAACGGGCUGAGAUGACCCUGGUGUGGGCCCCGGAGGACCAGGACAAGGCCCCCGUACGGCAGGAGAUCGCCAUCUUCAGCCUGGUGGACGUUCAGCUGGUGACCGACGGGCCCAUGAAGUACAGCGCCGUGCUCAAGAGGCCCACAAGGAAUGGAUCAUGAAUGUCUACAUGGGCCCUGAAGCGCAUGUACACACACACACACACACACACACACACACACAGAGCCUAUUUUUAGACCUUUAGUGGAAUUUGCACAUUCUUUUAUUUUUACGGAUUAGCAAAGCUAAGAUGUUUCUUUCAUUGGCCUAGCUUGUGGUCUUAAGUUCCUCUGAGCAGCCAAGUGCCUACAGGCAGUACAACUCCAGGGGCCGGCUGCGGUGGGUUGAUUUCACUCUAAUUCAGAGCCACAACUAUGCCAUGAAUUCAGACAUUCAUUUUGCAGUCAAGACCUUUUAUGAGGUCAUUUUUCUUAGAUAAUAGAUACACAGUGUAUGUGUGAUGAUUAAAAUCUUAAACUAUUUUCAGUUUAACCCUCAAGGCUGGUUUUCCCAGACUGAAUUCUGGCCUAAAUUUCACUUGGAGAAGAAAAUCUCUAUUGAAAGUGAUUUUUAUUUUAUUUUAGGAUGUGAAGUACGGAACAACAGGCCACAAUUUUUUACUAAAUUGGUAUGAAUGUAAAAAAACAAAACAAUACCUAGUCCUUUCAUUAUAUGAUUAAUUACAUGCUUGUUUACGUCAUCCUAACCAUAUCACAAACUCCUCCCUGACAGAUAAAUGUUGCAUAUGAAGCAAAAGCAGUAACUACCACCAUGUAUAUUUAGAUAGCUGAGCUUAGUGAUACGUAUGUCAGUUCAGUGUUCUGUAACAGACUCGAGACAUCCGUUGAAUCUAGGUAGAAGCCGGCCGUGUGACUGUACGAUGUAGUUGUAUGUUGUUGUUUUAGCAGUAACGUAAUGACCUGAACAAUGCCAGACAAUGCUCCUGUGAUUUUAAUUGUGAGGCAUUAUUUUAUGCAUUUUAAAAAUGCGUUUACAUUGAUUUGUAAAUUGCUUGUGGUUGUUUAUGCUUUUGUGGACUGCCUGUCAACUUUAGACCUUCAUCUUAACUCAAAGCAAUACACUCUUAAGUCUCCUCAAUUGUGGUGUCAAAGUGACCUGUCCUAGAUAGAAACCAUGUGUGCUACUCUUUACCUUGAUAUCUGUUUGUUAAAAUCACACGUUCAACUAUAGAUGCCAGUGGUAGGUUUACACAAACAUCUGUCAAAGACCAUUCAUCGAAGUUACCGAUAGUUAUUGCACAGUAUUGACAACGUAUAGUAUACCCUCAAAUCCAGAGAUUCCACAGUUUAAAGCGUGCCUUUGUUUUUGUGUUUUUGCUUGCCUUACCUUUUCAUGUGCUUGUUUACUGCCCAAUAUGUGCUCUGUACACAGACUAUAGGAGCUAGACACGCUACUAUAUCCUAAUCACAGUUUCACAACGUGGGUGAUCUUUUAACUCUCUGUUUAACUAAAGACCUGGCCGCUAUAUCCGCACAACCAAUGGAUAUUAUUUUAGCAAAUGACUAGUUGAUGUAGAAUUAUUUUGUUGUUGUUGUUGUUGUAACAACUAGAACCUAAUUUAGGAGAAAUAGCUUUGUUUCAGGGAUAUGGGGUUUUGCAACGUUGAUAGGGGCAAGACUGAGGGCAAACAGCCAAUGUUCUCAUUUAAGGCACCGUAUUGUGUUUGUGUUGUGUGCUGUAAGUAGUGUGCUUUAAAGGUCUGUACAUGGCAGUUCUACUGUAUCGAGGACACUGGUUCUAGAGGUUUCCAAUAGGGACGGAGGAAAGCUGUGGUGUGUGUGUUGGAGUUGACAUGUUAUUUCUGUCCAACUGGAAACAUGGAUCUCAAUGUGAUGUAACAGCUCCCCCCCCAGAUUGAAACAUUCAUUUGUGAGUUCUUAAUGUGCCUGUCCCUUUUGGAACCAAAUAAAAUAACCUGCU